AUGGCCAUCAUCACUAGUCACCAUAUCGACGACGUCAGAGAGUCUGUCAAUGACGCCCUGGCUUCGCUGCAGACUUCACUAAGAGAACUCAACAACCAAAUCUGGUCAAAUCCCGAAACAGCAUACCAGGAACAUCAAGCCCACGACGCCAUCUGCUCCUUUCUCGAAGCGCAAGGUUUCACUGUUACCCGCCAUGCAUACGGGCUACCCACCUCGUUCGAAGCCACCACCGGUUCCGGGGGGCGGCUGAUCAACUUCAACGCGGAAUACGAUGCGCUCCCUGAGAUUGGGCAUGCAUGUGGCCACAACCUUAUUACGACCAGCAGCAUGGCCGCCUUCUUGGCGCUCUCGUUUGCCUUGAAGAAGUUUGGAUUGCCCGGACGGACACAACUGCUGGGGACUCCGGCUGAGGAGAACGGGGGCGGAAAGGCCAAGUUGAUCGACGCGGGGGCGUACAAGGGUGUGGAUGUUUCCUUGAUGGCUCAUGCCGGUCCGAAACGUCUCUUCCCUGGUGUUGAAUCAGACGGGGUGGGUGGAGUUCUGAUGAAUGCUCGUAAGGAGAUACACUGCGAGUUCACUGGCAAGAGUGCCCAUGCCGGUGGCAAUCCAUGGGAGGGGGUGAAUGCGCUGGACGCGUUGGUGUCUUCAUACAACAACGUUGCUGUUCUGCGACAGCAAUUAUUGCCCGACCAGCGUAUUCAUUGUGCCUUUCUCGAUACACCCAAGGUGGCCAAUGUAAUUCCUUCACUCACCAAAGCGUAUUGGCAGGUUAGAAGUCCAACGCUGGGUGGACUGAAUAAGUUGAUGGCCAAAGUGCGGAAUUGCAUCGAGGCAGGGGCGCUGGCCACGGGGUGCAAGGUGGAUAUUGUCGAGAACGAACUAUACACCGAUAUCAAGCUGAAUGACACUCUCUGCGAGCGAUAUCAAGUGCAGAUGCAGAAAUACGGACGGAAUGUGUUGAAGAGCCAUGACAAAGUCCUGACAGGGUCUUCUGAUAUUGGCAACGUGAGCUAUAUCACGCCCACGCUCCACACCAUGUUUGCCAUUCCAGCCCCCGGUGGCUCCUUUCCCCAUCAUCCUUCAUUUGCUGCUGCUGCAGGGACGGACGAGGCGCAUGAAGAAGCAGUGAUUGUGGGGAAGUCGCUGGCGUUGAUCGGAUGGGAGAUGAUUACAGACGAUGCCAUGUUCGAGCAAGCUGUACAACAGUGGCAGCAGUCUAUACAGACAGAAUAG